UGGGGCCAGGCCCUGCGCUGACCCCCCGGGGCGUGCUCCCCCAGGAUGAGCGGGGCGGCGGGGCUGCAGCAGGAGUACCGGCGCAGCGUGGAGCGCGCCUUCCAGGGGGGCCGCGCCGGGGCCUGCACCGACGCCGUGCUGCGGGAUGCCCUGCGCCGUCGCCUACUGGAGGAGCCGGAGCUGCACGGCGCGCUGCGCAGUGACGCCUUCGCCACGCUUGCCAGUGGCCUGCGGGGCCGGCUCAGCCUGCUCCCCACGCUGCGAGGCCUGGCCGCCGCUUUCCAGGUGCUGGAGCUGGCCGCCCUCAACUUGCACUUCUUCCCCUGGCGCAGGGAGUUCGGCACCAUCAAGACGUUCUCAGGGGUGUACGUACACUGUCUGCGGGCAGCGCUGCCGGAGCCGGACCUGGCCAGGAGCUUCCGCCGCCUGGGCUACGAGCGCAGGGACGCCCACCACCUGGUGGUGACGCGGCCGCCCCCGGGCACCGAGCUGCUGCACGCGGCCUGCGGCUUCUUCGCAGCCCGGCUGGAGUGCGAGAUCCUGGAGGACGUCCUCCUGCAGCUGGGGCCCUGCUGCGUGUCGGCUGACGACCUGCUCCAGGCACGCAGAGGUGCCGGCGGCCUGACCGCCUGCGUGGAGAGGCUGCAGACACUGGCACGCUGGCCCCGAGAUAGGGAGUUUGGUGUGGCUCCGGCGCCCGGCUGCGAGGCAGACGCCGAUCUCUACCGCGACCCCAGGAGCCUGUCCCACACCCCCCUGGCAGGCCGGCGGGGCUAUGAGCGGAGCCCCAAGCUGUGGGGCGAGCCUGCCGGCAGCUAUUACCCCCUGCAGGAGGUGGAGGACCCCGAGCUGGAGCAGGGCCUGGGGGACGGGGCCGACCCGGAGCUAGCCGCCUUCUCCUUCCUGUCCCUGAGGCAGGAGCUGGGCUGCGUUGGCCGCUCGCUGACCCCCGAGAACACCAGGAGCCGGAGCCCAGCUCCAAGCUGCAGCUACAGCCCCCGCGCCGGGGCCAGCUCCCCGGGGCUGUACCGUGCUGCCGACCGGCCCUUCCAGGCAGCCGAGAACGCGUGGGGGCUGGCCCCCACCUGCCCGCAGCCGGAGGGCGGGGAAGGGGCAGAGCCGGUGCUGGCGCUGUCUGAGGUGCCGCGGUACCAGCUGCACUUGUGCCUGAGCCAAGGCACCCUGCCCUCCUACUGCUGCAGCACCUGCCAGCAGCUGCACGCCCGGGGCUGCGAGGCGCUGCAGGCCUGCCGGGGCGGGCACAGCAUGCAGGAGCUGCACGGCGAGAAGCAGCAGCGCCUCUGGCUGCUGAGAACCAAGGUGGACAUGAUGCUGCAGGAGGGUGGGCGGCCGUAGCCCGCCAGGGGCACCGGCCACAGGACUGAGUAGCCCAGGCAGGUGCUGGACACUGCUGCUCUCCCCAGCCUGCCCACCCGCCCACCUGCAUUCCCGCUGCUCUCUCGGCAGCCUGAAACGCUGGGGCCAGGAGCAAGGGGAGGAGCAGGGCGGGGACCGUCUCUGAGUAAACGU